AUGGAUGCAGCCGCUGCCGCCAAGUGGUGCACAGACGAAGGUGUUCCUAUAAAGAAAGGCUUAGUGAUUGAGGUGCGGGGAGAAGUUUGGGAUGAAAAGGAAACAUCUUCAGUUUUAGAGACUUUGUGCCAAGGCCAGAAAUUUUGGGUGAUAAACUCGAAGGUGGAUACAACCCACCCCCACACCUAUACCCUAUGUGAAUGGCGAGACAGAGUUCCAGACUGUUUAAAAGUCUCUAGUGUGAAGACCAUAAAUGGCAAAGAAUUUUUCCUGAUGCAGCCUGAACAAGAGUCAGCUGUUCCUUCCUCCUCUAGCGCAACCUCUUCUACUUCUUCUAAUACUCUGGCACCCAAAGGGGCCUUCGGGAAAACCGUAAAGGGGUCGGCCAAAGCACCACUUAAAGACCUCAACCCAGAGUUGUGUGCUGUUUUGGAAGAAAUUGUAGCCCAGUGUAAGAAGGAUUCUACCGACUGUUUAGUUACAGGAUAUAGAAAACUCAGAGCCUUCUCAGGGAAGCACCCUGUGCCAUCCUCAGAAGAUGGUUUCGAAGAAUGGAUUGAUCAGGCCCCCCAAGCUCUGGAAGAGUGGGGAAUCCCAGAGAAAAAUAAGAAACAGAGGAUCAUGGAAAGCCUCAGAGGACCAGCCUUAGAGGCCAUACGUAACCUCAAACUUAGCAAAGAUGAUUGCACUGCUCAAGACUAUCUAGACGUCUUACAUAAUGUGUUCGGGAGGAUUGAGGACAUCAGUGAGCUCCGUUGCCAAUUGGAACACUGUUUCCAGAAAAAGGGAGAAAAACUAUCUGAAUUUGUCAGCCGCCUGGAUAAGAUCCUACACCGGAUGCUGUUAAAAAAAGGGAUAGAGCCAAAAGAUGUGGACAAAAUACGCUUCCAACAAGUGGUAAGGGGAGCCCAACCCAUGGAUCCCAUUGUUUUUCAGUUGCAAGCUCAGAAAGGAAAUGAAGUGUUAAAAUAUCCCAAUCUGAUUAGGAUCAUUCGACAGGAAGAGGACCUCCUAGAUCAAAAGAACAAAUACCAAGCCAUGGAAACUCCUGCAUGA